AUGUACGGAAGAUCAAGAGGUUAUGGUGGAUACCGGAGUGGAUACGGGUAUGGCUCAUCCUUGUCGUAUGGGAUAGGCCAGUCAAGUAGUGGUGGAUACAGCAAACAGACCUACCCAAAACCACAGCAGCAGCAGCAGCAACAACAGCAAGGGAUUCCAACAUACAAACAAAAAUAUUCUCAAACUCCACGCUCAAACCAAUAUGGACAAUCAGAUAGAGGAAAGAGUCAGAAUUACAAGCCAACCACAUCAUCUAAUCAAUAUAAGAAAAAGACUGUCAACAAAACUGUCAACAUCAACCAACAACCGAGAAGAAAUAGAUGGGGCUUGGGUGGGUUUAGAAAUAUGUGGCAUAUUCCAAUGAUAUUUAUGUGUUGGCGUGGAUUUUCAAGAAACCGUCAUCAACCACCGCCACCACAACCACCACAACCAGCUCAGCAGAACCAACCUGUCAAUGUCAUCAAUGUUAAUUAUCCUCCUGCUCCUGAGAAUACCAGUACUCCUGCACAACAUCCUCAACUGGUCACUAACAUUCCAGAAGAGAGUUUACCAAAGUCUUCACAAAAUACCAACCCAAAACACGAUGAGAAUCAUUCAAUUUCAUCAUAUCAUAGUGCCGAGGAAGAGAAGAAUGUCGACGGGUAUGACAAUAAUGUGGUUCCGCCAUUGCACACACAGAGCUAA